AUGGCUCAAUUGCCCCCGGGCUUCGUCCCCACUGUUUCUCCCCCUCCACCGUGGUGGCCAUUCCAUCCUUCACCACCGCCGCCGCCGUCCAAUGCUAAGCCAUCGUCCACUCAAGGGAGUACCGCGGCCGCCGCUUGGCGGUGGCCCGUGCCGGAACGUAAUGGCGUCCGCGUCGAGGAGCGGCAGCUUGGCCGGGCCUGCGCCGCCAGCCCCACGGCCGGCCUCCCGGCGUUCACGUACAGCCCGUCCGUGAAGCACAACGUGACGGGCGGUGGGGAGGAGGCGGCGACGUGCUCGGUGUGCCUCGGCGUGCUGCAGCUAGGGGAGACGGUGCGGCUGCUGCCGGCGUGCCUGCACCUGUACCACGCGGAGUGCAUCGACCCGUGGCUGGAGGCGCACUCGACGUGCCCGAUCUGCCGCUCCGACACCGGCCCGGCCGCGGGCGCCGGCUGGCUACCGCCUGUUUAG